AGCAAAAGCCAGCCUCUCUGAAAAGAACUGCUCGCCUGCUGGGGUCCUGAGCCGUAUCAGCUGAUGCUCUCAGUGUAACCAGAGGAGACAGCAGAAACAACAGCGGCACGCUCUAAUGUUACUAUCUUUAACAAGCCAAGCCACACACACACAUACGCACCCACAGAAAACACAUAGAAGACGCACGGGGAGACAGGAGACACACAUACGGACACACGGACACAGGCACCGGACACACAUGCUUGCUUGCACAUUGAAUACAGAAUCAAGCACAUGACAGUGGCUUGCAACAGACACUGGGCAUCAAGAAGGCAUUUCAGUGGCAGGCUCCCCAGGGCUCAAAGCUUGGAUACUAGGACCAGCUAUUCCAGAGAAGACCCUUUUCUUCAUCAAUUCAGCUUCAUCACAGACAGUUCGGAGGAUUAACAAACUGCAAAUGACUUGAUUUUUUCAAAGCUGGAGUCUUCUGUUAUACAUACAGAACUGAGAGGAUUAAACGAUCAUUUCUUCCCUUAUUCAUUAAGACCCUGAUGUUUUUUAACAAGGAAAAAUAAAGUCUCCCAGUUCUGGUGACCAAAUUAAUGGGAUACGGACUGUUCCGGGACUAAAGAUCAUUUGACUUUUACGGAGCCAACCACAAAGGCGCUCUCACCUUGUCUCCUGUGGUGGCAGCAGUGUGGUCAUGCCACACUGAUGUGAGGCCUGCGGUUGAAGAACAUCAUAGCAAUAGUCAUCUGACAUGGGGCACCAAGCUGGGCCCUUUCAGCUACAGCAGGGAAAACCUGCGCAAACUCUGAGCACCCCUGUGCUCUUCUGCCUUCUGGGGAUUCUUUGUUGCCUAGCAGAGACAGUGUGCUGCUGUCCUGCGCCAUGCCGCUGUAAUAACAGUGAGGUGGACUGCAGCGACAACGGCCUGCUCUCCCUCCCAGCCAACCUGCCUCUCAACACCAAGAGCCUCCUCCUCUUCAACAACAAGCUGAGCGCACUGCCCCCCGGAGCCUUCUCCAACCUCAGCUCCCUGGAGAGCCUUGACCUGUCCAACAACUUCCUUGACAACUUGCCUCCUGCCCUCUUCAGGGAACUGGGCAACCUGUCGGAGCUUGUGCUGCGCAACAAUAGCCUCACUGUGCUGGACAAAGACCUCUUCCAGAGUCUUCCGCGGUUGCGGCAGCUCGACCUGUCCAUCAACGGUAUCUCCCAGGUGCCCAUUGGUCUGUUGGACGAGCUGAGGGAGGUGGUGUGGCUCUCCCUGGCCAACAACCGGCUUCAUGCCUUGGAGAGAGCCGCUUUCGAGCCCCUGGUCAGCCUGCAGUUCCUGCAGCUAGGCGGCAAUCCCUGGGAGUGUGACUGCAACCUGAGGGACUUCAAGCACUGGAUUGAGUGGCUGCUUUACAGAGGCGGGAAGAUUGAUGCUGUGGACUGCACCCUGCCCAAGGACCUGCGAGGUCGUGACAUCCGCACUGUCCCGGUUGAAAUGUUCAACUACUGCCUGCACCUGGAGGAUGAGAAUGGCUCCGUAUCAGGGGGGGCUAGCGGUGGUGGUGGGGCCCCAUGCAGCAGAGGGGUGGUGCCCGUUGCUCAGCCCUCUGAGAAUCUCCCUACCCCGGCUGUGAUUCCUAUCCCAGAAUGCAUGCGGCAGCGGUACCGCCCCGUCAGUGUGCGGCGAGCCAUCGGCACCGUCAUCAUCGCCGGGGUGGUGUGCGGGAUCGUCUGUAUAAUGAUGGUGGUGGCAGCUGCCUACGGCUGCAUCUACGCAUCCCUGAUGGCCAAGUACCAGCGGGAGCUGAAGAAGAGGCAGCCACUCAUGGGGGACGGGGAUGGAGAAGGCGACCCGGAAGACAAGCAGAUUUCCUCAGUGGCUUAGCCAGCAAGAGAAGAGACACAGGGUGGCGGAUAGAUGGGAUGGCGGUGGGGGACGGAACACCUCAAUUGUUUUCGUUUUCUACCAUUUUUUCUCUUUCUCCUUCUAAUUUUUAACAUCCCCGUGGAGGAAAAGAGAGGUUUACUUUUAACCCUCCUCUGCACCCACCUUUGCGCUUUCCGUUUUUUUUGUUGUUGUUCCUAUCUUUUCUCAAGAUAGGAGAUAAAGAGUUCAGACUCCUCCUCAGUUACUGGCUUGGGUCCAGUCAGGACAUGUACAGUACAGUAUGAAAGGGCAAAGGAGUCUGUAACUCCAGCGUCAGUGAAAUGAAAGCAUCUGGCUGCUGCAACAGAAGCCCUGAGACCUGCCGUUCUGCAUUCGCUCUUGCUAUGCUGUAAAUGAGUCCAUUCAUUUCUGAGGAGUCCUUCUUCUGUGAUCAGCCCGCGAGUGAGCGCACAAGCACUUUAAUCCGAGGACUUUGGCUCUUUCGCUUCCCUGCUCCUCUUUGGUUUCUACCCUCGGAAGGGAACUUGGAAUUUCAAAAGACCUGAGACACUGAGUGACCUUUUCCUGCUUCUUCUGGUAUAACAUCUGUGUGGAUAUAUCUUGGCCACAACUCUCACCCAGGUGUUUACAGUGAUUCAUGUUUGUUUGUUGGCGAAUAGAAACCAACUUCUGAUCAUUUCAAAUGGUUGAAGAAAAACAAUAAUUUUAACAGGAUUAUAUGUUUCAUGCCCUUCUUUUUUCUUUUAUUUUAACAAUAUCUAAAUCUCUCUCUAUAUAUGAUAUGAUGUGUUGUAUUAACCUCUCUGUCCUUUACCAUGACUGUUUUUUUUUUAUUCUGUUUGGCCAAUGUUUUAUCUGUGUGAUUGUGUUUAGGAGUGGCUAGAAUCCUUUAAGAAGACCAAUCUGUAGCUGAAUCCAGUUAAGGGAAUGUUUUGUUGUGUGUAUUAGAACUAUUUAUAUCCACAAUUUCUUUUUUCACGAAAGGAGUUCGCAGCCCACUUUACAGACUUCUGGAAGGACGUGAGCCACAUUAUCUGGUGAGCAUAGCUGGAUAUUCUAAAGCCAAUCAAGCAUACUGAAAACCCAUAACUACCAGUUCUACUGUCACAGGGACCUGGAAAUGCUAAGCUACUAAGCAGGAACUGUGACAGCUUUGGUUGAAGAUGACAGCACACAUUUGCAGCAUCAAUGUUUGUAGCUCUUAGUUGGAUAAAUCCUAUUUUGACAUUUUUGACAAGUACAUUUUUUUCAGUAACCAGUAUUACCAUGUUUCCUCUGCAUUUUUACGAUAAACUAAGGUUAACAAUUUUUCUCUUCUGUGGAAUAAUUCUUUUUUUGUUGUUGUUGAAGCAGACAAUCAGAUGUAGGUGUUGGACCAACCUAUAUAUAGUUUCCUAUAUCAACAAUGGAAAGUGUGCAUAGGGAACAUGCUUUUACAUACAGCUUGCUUUCUUUUCUACGCUGUAGCAUUGAUUGCUUUAAAAAUAAAUCUUUUGGUUGAUAUUUCUUCGAUUUGAUUUUCAAAAGCUCAACAGCAAGCCCCUGCCCCCUUUUAAAACAAGGAUUUAGCUUUGCAGUAUUACGUAUUUUAUCAUGCUGAUUAACAAAAUAAAAAUCGAAAAUGGCAGAGAGAGCACACAAAAGGAUUUUGUCAGCACAUGACAGCAAUAAAGAGCACAGUAGCCAGACAACAGACCAAUCUCUCUUCACUUCAUGAGCACUAAAUCAAGCACAAAAGCACUGAAAAGUAUAAUAAAGAUGGAAUAAUAUUAAAUGUACUGUAGAUUUAGGCAGUACAACAUUGCUGAAAAUUUGGCACUGACAACACCCUCAAACGCCAGAUUGGAGUAAAUGGCAUUUACAGUAUCUACAAAUAUACUGAGAGGAAGGGAUAUUAUUUAUACUAUUUACAAAGCAAUUCACAGGGAAUCUAAACUAAAGCUUGGCUGCAAGCUCAGAGAUUCGUUAGCUAUAAUUGCACAGAAAUAGUGGAUAGUUAUUGGAAGCCCCCGCCAUAUUCUCACCUAAUAGUAUGAAAUUCUAAACAAAUAGAUUAGCUUCCCACAACAAAGCUAAAUGAAUUAAGUAUUAACAGAUGCUGAGAAAAAAAAAACAAAUGAAGUGAUUUAUCUUUACUGAGACAUCACCUCUUUGGGUAUGUGCAUUGUUUAAUAUAAGGAAUGGAAUGUUAAAGCUGUUAUGCUACAUAGCUUGAAAUAGCUACCUUUUAGGACCAAAGGUUUUUUAAAAAAUAAAUAGAGACGUGUUGGGAUGUUAAGUUGAAAAAAAAUGUUUUCGAUAACAAUUGAGAGAACAUUAACAUCUUAAUACUGAAACCUUGAGUCCCAGUUUGAAAGAAGAGGAAGUAUUAAUUUAUUUGCAGAAAGUGAGUCAUACAAAAUGUACUUUACAAUUCUAACAUUUACAAAAAUGUUAAAUAUUAUAAUACAUUAUGUUACUCAAACAUACAGAUAAUAAUCCAUCUUAAAUAGGGAACGUCCGAUAAAUUAAUGAUGAGAGGUGACGUUUGCUGAAGUGUGGGGUGCACAGCCCAAUCUUGACCUGAGAGUUAGGCCUUGUCUUCCAAACUCAUUAAUGCAAAUGGGAUUUUUCUGAGUCUCACAUUAGGCAUGAAACCAACCUGCUGGAAAACGAGGGGAAUAAAAAUUCUCCCUAUAGAAUCCUUCAUUAGGAACGUGUGUUUGCGCUGAAUUUAAUUCAGCAUAUUCUGUGCCCUGUUAUGUAAAUACUCUAUAUUGUUUAACACAAUUCUGGCAAGAAGGGGAAUGAAAAUCACCCUCAAGAUAAUUGAUACUGAUGUAACAGUCUCAGAGCUCUUACAUGUUCACGUCGUAAUAACCUCCUUGUCAGAAAGCUGCUUUCUACUGAGUGCAAUGUGGUGUACUCUUGAAACCAGUGGAGUCACUAUCCUCAGUGACAAUAAAGAUAUUAACUCUCUAGGCUUUUCCGAAGAAAAUCUGAAAGCUCUCCUUCACUUGAAAAAGCUGAAAUAGCACUAUCAACAGAAGCCCUCAUUUGUAGUGAGAGAGUUGAAAUCCAGCCUGGCUAUACACAUUAUUUUACCGUCUAAUUUAUUGAACAUGACAUAAUUUGGUGCCCAUUCAUACAGCUGCACAUUUUACUGGAGCAAUCUGAGUGAAGUACAGUACCUUGGCUCAAGAGUGCAAGAGUGCUCCAACUUUGCUCCAACUUUGUUUUUGAAACCCACUACCUUCCAGUUAUUAAAAUAGUUGCACAACGCAUCAUAAAAGGGGGCUUGUGUAGGCUGAUCACAUUUGUAUUAUCCUGUAGUUGCCCCAUUCACUUUUCUCCAUGUGAAAAGGUUGAUUGUGCAGAAGACCUCAGAAACUGCAGUACUGGAUAGGCACGAAUCUUAAUUUUAGUGUCGCAAUGUCCCUGAAGCACAAGAUGAAUAACCUGAAUACUAAAAGCAAAGUGCAACAAUGCUGCAUGUUGUUGGGGGGAAAGAGUGAUCUGUUUAAUGAGGAAAAUCUAAAUUCGCCCUUGUCACUAGUACAUGUCUAUUAAUAAAUAGGACACAUCAGGUAUAAUCAAUUGAGUUUAUCCAGAAACUGCAGUUCUCCCCAACAUGGGGAGAAGAGCUACCAUUUAACCCUUAAACAGACAUAUACUUGUUAUUGGUUCUGUUUUGUGAGUUCACAAUUUUACUUCAGUGUUGUUUUUAAUCCACAUCAGAAAUUUAAAAAUAUAUUGUGGAAAAUUAUGUUUGAGAAAUAGUUUAAAAUUAUAUAAAAGUGCAUAUUAUCGGAUCCUAACUGCCUUGAACAUGGAACUGUUCAAAACUAUGCAGCUACAUGCUUUACUGAAGGACAGACAGACCAUUCUGCAAAACGUUACAUUACUCACCAGUGUCCUGUCGGAAGUACAAUUGUUAAAGUCUAAAAGCACUGUUUAUCACAGAAACAAGUGACUUGACCACUUCACCAGAACUGUUAUAGUAUGGCAGGUACCUGAAUGUGUCCAAAAGUUGCUGAAGGACAACUCUGGGUGUUGAAUCAUAUACAAUGAUACUUAGUGCAGUAUCUGAUACAAUGUGUGCAUUGUAAAAACUGCUUCAGUCAAACAUGUAGUUAACAUGCAGUGCUAUUAAUGUACAGCUUGUGCUUCAUGCCCUAGACAUCAAUGUAAAUGAGGGUACUCUUGCUUCAGAGACAGAAAACUGCCUUCCUAGAAUGUGUAAUACUGCCACCUCCAGGCCUCUGAUAACAAUGCAUAUGCCAUAACGAACAGUACACAACGCAUUCUCACACAAUAUAUAAACGUAGGGAAAACCUUAUCAGCUUCCUUAAAAUUUACUGAUAAUUUAAACUAUCUGUACAGUAUUCUGAGAAGUCUAUAUUUUAUUCAGCAAAACCCUGCAAUGUAAAAUCAAAAGUCGUCUAUUAGUGCAGCUUUAUCUCUCCAUUUUAUACUUAUGCUCACUGAACAAAACUAGUACUGUAUUUUCUUGUAACCCAUCAUUAAAAGUAUAGUAUUAGCACUAUAUACUGUACCACAUGUCUCAUUCUGUACUGCUAUGCUUUUUUUGCAACAUAAUAAUUCUAAUUAAUCAUGGACUGAGGUGGACUCUCUACCCCUUAAAGAAAACACAUAAAUAAAACUCUAAAAAGUAAUGAGUCAAAAGAAACGGCAUGGAAACAGUAAAAUGAAAAGUUAACUUUACUGGCUGAUCUAAAGAAAUUACACCACACCAGGCUCCCCACUAGGCCUCUCACACAAGUUCUUUAAAGAGGUGAGAGCUCAAGAGUCAGUACAAUAACACAUCUUCUGAUAACAUUCUGACUGGAACACUACAUUAGCUCCAGUGCUGCUAACUCCUGUUAAAGCUCACUCAGUCAUUUAGUUUCUAGGUAAAAAAAUAAGCAAUCUAUCUCACCCACACAUUAACAAAACUGGGCACCUAUUAUGAUUCAUGAAGCUUACUUCAGCUGAAAAUCCAGAUGGCAAAGGGCAGAAUUAUUACAGAUCUGAAAGGGGGCAUUGUAACAAAAUUGAUUGCAUCCAUCAUCAUAAUAAUGACAUAGAUGAUAAUGUUGACGUUUUGUGUGAAAUGUAUCUACAUCUAUUUCGAGACGUUUGAAAUAUAUCCUAAUGACCCACCAAGUAUCCUGCAAUGCAUGGUAUUUUGAACAGCAGCUCUUUUGGUAAAGAUAAAAGCACAGCAAACAAAGAUGAUAUGCUCAGCCCUGUGUUGGGUCAUAGAUAACCUGUAAACUAAGAAGGCAAUCUGACCCAGAGCUCUGCAUGACUUAAAGUGUUCACCUUUAUACGACUCAUUUUAUUUAUUUAUUUUCAGUGGCAUCCAAAGGAUAAUUAAAGCAUUAAAUCAUUCUGGCUUUUCCAUGAUUUAGACCACUUUCAUUUCAAAACUGUGUGAAAGCAUCCAUAUGUGUUGGGAGAGUUGAGGUAGGUCACACCCUUUGACUAAGAGCUCUCACUUUAUGUGAAAGUAACAGUUUCCAAAUGUUAGUUACCACCUCUUUUCUCUAAUUCUCCUCAACAUUAGUUUGACUUUUUUGAGUUCCCUUCCUGCUCCAUCUUUCCCUUAAGCUUAUCAAUGCAAUAAUUCUUUAAACAUCUGUGUAAAUAUUGUUGGUUUGUGAGUUAGCAGCUGAAUGCGUGGGUGGAAAAGAGAAAUGGCUUCUGUGAGUUUACCUUUUUCUUCUACAAUUAUUUGAAAGGAAUAUGGAAUGAACAGAACUGCUACCUUAUUUUUUGUUCAUGAUUAAAAGCUGUUGAGAUACUGUUUGUGAGCUGUGAAACAAGCAUAAUAAAGAAUGUAUUUCCUUA